AUGGAGGCAGAGGCAAUGGCUCUGCGAGUCAGGGAGGCAAGUAUGGGGCCUCAUCACGACCAGCACCGACAAUUUCCAGUGCACCAAGACCUGCCAAGCCCGUUACAGUUCAAGAGCUGCGAGUACGUCUUCAUUGAUAAGAGGGUUUAUGACUUAAGACUGGCGGAGAGAAAGAAGCUGCUGAGCGAACACUUUGGCUACAGCAAUGACAAUAACCCCUUCGGUGAUCGUCUGUUGGCCGAGCCAUUUGUUUGGAAGAAGAAAAAUUUGCUGCUGCAGGCAGCAGGAAAGAAGCAUGCUACUACUGUUAAUGCAUUGCUUACUACAUCUGUCAGCAAAGUGCAAGAAAUUAAAAAUGUGAAGAAACGACGUGAAGAACGCGAGGCGGAGGAGCAGCUGAUGCAGGCACAGCGAGAGGAGCUGCAACGCGAGAAAGAACGUGAACAUUUUCAGGAUUAUUUUGAGAAGGAAGAAGUAUUUCAUAGACAAAUGCAUAUUCGUAAAACAGAAAUUAGAGCUGAACAAAAUAGAGAACAACCUAUUGACUUUAUUGUCAAAGGGUUACGUAUGCUUAAUGGAGAAAGAUUCGAAAAAGUCGCUGUUCUGCCGGUGCCUCCCCAUGAAGUCUUUGAUUGCUUCAACAAAGAGCCGAUGUCGGUGCAGAUGAUCGAGGAGAUGCUUGCUGACGUGAAGCUGCACAUUGGUGUGGACACGACGGCGGUGGAUAAGGAUUACCAGGACUUCUGGCAAGCAUUGUUGGUAUUAACAAAAGACGCAUUAGAGAAAGCGGAGCGAAAGAGGAAAGUUCUAGAGGAGCUACGGAAAAAUUCCUCAGCUGAUGCUGCCGCACAGGCUGCCGCUAUCUUAGCCAACAACACCUCCGUAGGAGAUGUACGUGAUGCAGACUCUGGUAUUGCUGUAGGAGUAACCUCCGAUAUCACCGCGAUACUUAGUGGGAAAACACCACAAGAGCUUGACGCUCUUAAAGACAGCAUCAAAGUUAAACUCGAAACAGAAGAAGAUGUUGAUUCAGCUUACUGGGAGGCCAUCCUCCAGAAGAUCCCCUUGUUCAGGGCGAGAGCCGUCUGCUUGGUGUACCACCAGAGAAUACAACAAAAGGCAGCAGAGCUCGACCAUCAGCUGAAGUGCGAGCGCGCAGAGGCAGAGGCGGAGCUGCUGAAGGCGCGGGCAGCAGAAUCGGGGCUCACGGAUGACCUGUUGGCUACCGAGGAGGAGGCGCGCGAGCAGCAGAAAAUUCAGCAAAUGCAGGAGCAGGCGAAACGCAUGGCUCGCGCAGUAGAGAAGGAGAUAAACCCGGGGGCUGACGGGAGCUACUCUCCCGAACUCGAACCGUACGAAGAUGAGGCCGAGGCACCCAAGCCGAGGGGCCCAUAUUCGCCUGUGCUGUAUCCCUUUGACGAAUUUCGCACGGAAACUAACAUCUUACACCCCGAUGAGGAGCUUGAACAGCGAAUGGCAGAACGAAGAAUUGCCAAGCACCGCGAGCGCGAAAGACGGCUGAUUCAGCUGGGUUUGGACAAGGAAAAAACGACACCCGAGGAGGAGGACGACGACGAAAUUUUAGAUCCUGCUGCUAAGAUCGUGACAUACGAGGACUUUGUGCGCAAGGAGCAGAAAAAUGCAAGCCCGGACGAAGAAGUCCUUGCCGCCUCAUCAGAAAUGAAACUGAAACAGCACUACGGCUGGGAAGAAAAGUACCGUCCCAGGAAGCCGCGUUUUUUCAAUCGUGUGCGCACCUGUUACUUCUGGAACAAGUACAACCAGACACAUUACGACCACGACAACCCUCCUCCCAAGAUCGUGCAAGGCUAUAAAUUCAACAUCUUCUAUCCGGAUUUGAUCGACAAGACGAAAACCCCCACGUGGACUCUUGAGCCUUCAGACACCCCGGAUACCAUAAUCGUGCGCUUCCAUGCGGGUCCGCCUUAUGAAGAUGUUGCAUUCAAGGUUUUGAACCGCGAAUGGCAUUUAGAGAGAUUUAGAGGAUUUCGCAACGUAUUCGAUCGCGGUAUUAUGCAGUUGUACUUCAGUUUCAAGAAAUACUGGUACCGCAGAUAA